GUGUGUGUGUGUGUAUGCGCUGUAGUGAGUGUGUUGGAGUGAGAGAGAGAGAGAGACUACAGAGCUACAGACUCGCUAAGCAGCAGCGACGACCUGCAGAAACGGAGCAUCCAGUCCGAGCAGGAAAAAGAAGAAGAAGCAGAAAUCAUUUAAUCUUCGUGUGUGUUUAAAAUGUUCCUGACAACAUUUCUACACCGCCUGAUUUGAUUUCAUCGAAGUUGCUGUUCCCCCCUCACCACCACCACCACCACCUCCUCCUCCAGACUGCAGAAACCAGAGAUUAAUGCAUCCUGCUGCGCGGUCCUGUUUGUUUUGACCUGUGAAGCUAGAAAGGAAUCCUGCAAGAGGGAUUAGCGGUCCGUCAAUGAGGAACUACCGGCUCAUCUUCUGCCACAACCUGAAGCAGCCCUAGAUGGUUCAGCGGUUCACUGGUCAGAGGAGGAGAGGAUAGGACACACUUUCACUGCUACACGACGUGAGGUCUUGGCGGGGCUGUGGUGAGGAGGAGGUGGAGGCCAUGAGGAAGAGCGUGUCUCCGUUGCCAGGCAAUGAGGGCGGGAGCUCAGCCGGCACCACGCGGGUUUUUGGCGUUCCUUUGGAGGAGGUGACACGCACGCACACAAUCAGCGGCCACGAGGUUCCUGCACUGGUGAAGCGCAUCGUGGAAUACAUCGAGGAGCACGGUCAUCUGGAUCUGGAGGGGCUCUUCCUGGUAAAUGGCAACGCAGAGCGCGUGGAUUGGCUGCGCCAGCGUUACGACAGCGGAGAAGAGGUGGAGCUAGAGAAGGAGGCGGACCUGGCGUCAGCUGUCAGUCUGCUCCGACUCUUCCUGCAGGAGCUUCCUGAGCCCGUCAUCCCGACAUCCAUACAGGGACACAUACUACAGCUGCACCAAGAUUACAGCAAUGAAGAGGAGCUGUGCAGAAACCUGAAGUACCUCCUGCAGCAGCUUCCCCAGCUCAACUACGGCCUGCUACGCUUCCUGUGCCGCUUCCUGGCCAGCGUGGCGUCGCUCCAGCAGGAGAGCUGGAACAUCGGGACGCUGGCCGCUGUCUUCGGUCCAGACAUCUUCCAUCUGUCAACAGAAGCGGAGGACCUUCGAGACCAGGAGUCCGUCAGCAGAGUCCUCGCUGAGCUGCUGGACAACCAGGAGGGCCUGUUCGACUCUGAGGACGAUGACGUCUCCACCACCAACGACUACAGCUCCAUCAAUGAACAGAUCACUGAGCUGCUGGAUGACGAGAGGUGUGAGGCCGAAUGUGAAGAGCUGCCUCAGGACGGAGACGAGGGUCCAUCCUCCUCUGACUCACCACAACACACACACACUGACGACGGCCCCGCAGUCAGCUCCCACCUCUCCCCUAUAUCCAUCUUGCCUGCUGACUCUGCUGAGAUUAUUCAGCGCACCAUCAGAGCUGCAGUGGAGCAUCACUUCUUUGAGCUGAAAACAUCCAUCGACCAAGACCUCAGCAACUACGACAGCCAGGGGGUGAGUCCCAGUGAGCCUGCAGACCAGAGCUGCCAUGAAAACGAGGAGCAACAAACUGACCCUGAGGACAGUCCCUGCAACACAGAAGGGGAAACCCCACUCACAGCAACUGAGCAGCACAUGCAGCAAAGCCAGAAUGACACACAGGAUACUUUGGACUCUGGUGCCUCCCUGGAGGAGAGCUCGGGGAUGGACCUUGAUUCAGAGGCCGUCACAGACGCUGAGAACAACAUCAACACUGCCAGGCAGGACAAUCAACCAUGUGACAUCAUGGAGCAAACUGAGAGCGACGCCAUGUGCUGUGACUCGGAUUCAUGUCUCUGUGAUCAGAACGCCAACACCCGUGAGACCAACAGGAACCUCCUGUCGCCAUGCCAACCAAAAUCUGGCCAAAACCCCCAGCUCCAGCUCUUCCCGGACAACCAAUGGGAAGCGUCGCCCCCCUCCCAUCUCCACCUCCCUCCCAUAGACUUCUCAUGUAUGCAUCUGCAGAAAGAAGGCCAAGACCCCGUCCCGGCUUACAAAUCCUGGCAGGACGACAGCGAGAGCGGCGAGGCGCAGCUCUCCCCGCUGGCCGGUCGCAUGGUACCUCUCCCCCUGUUACCCCUUGAAGGUGAAGGCGAGGAGGACGAGGACG